AUAUAUAUAUCUUUCUAUAUAUCUACAUAUAUAUCUAUAUAUAUAUACGUUUAUAUCUAUAUAUAUACAUAUAUAUAAAUAUAUUAUACAUAUAUAAACAUAUAGGAUACAGUUUUCGAACAACAAAGUAAGCAAUGUGUAAGGUGCGACUUGGGCGCCUUGCACAUUUUGUAGUGGCGAUAGGAAACUGGCUUUGCCUCCAUGUAUCCUAUGCAUAGCCUGGUUAGUGUAACCUUCCGUCUUCGAGAUAGUCCAUUAUAGACUUUAUACGGUUUGUCCAUAUCGGAUGUACCUGUAAUACUUUCAUUAUGUCAGAUGGUGCCAUGUCCACUUUACUUCAGGUUUCCGGUGGCCCAUAUCUGGCCCUCAUAGACUCGAAGACAGCUGAAACACGUUUUUUUCAAUUGUUUAAGAGAAUGUUACUAAAUAGUGUGAUUCUUCAUGGAAAAGUUUUGCUAACUGAUACACCUUGUCACAAGUUGAUAUUCCUAUAUGAGAGGGCAUCCAGUGUAGUGACACCUAUAUACCAAGCUCUGAUAGGCUAGAAAUUUGGUGCAGGAUAUCCCUAGUUACCAUGUUUCCUGGAUUAAAUGUCUAUAAAGUAAGCCUGAAGAGUGCACCUUGGCUGUCAGAAAAGACAGCUGGGUAUCACUGCUGUUCACUAACUUUUUUGAUGGCAUGGUAGAUGGCUACUGACUCGGCAUCAGUUGUGCUUGCCCAGUUGGAAAUCCGCACACUGUCUUUAAAAGACAUGCCAGGAAUUAUUACACCAAUCCCAGCUGCUCCAAGAGAAUCAUCAGAGGCAUCACAGUAGAUUGAAGUUGGGGGGAUACUAUGAGGGGGACGGAGAAUUUCAUCCAUAUAUUUCAGAUAAUGGCCUUAUAAUUCUGUUACUAAAGUCAUGAAUUUAAGCCCUGUUGUCUAUAUGAACAGAUACAUGUGAUCUGUGCCAUGGUGCAGUAAGUGUUGCUUCUAGGAUGUUAAUAGCAUCAAUGCUCCACACAUUGAAACUGAGAAUAGUUUAGGAGAGAGAGUAAGAAAUAGACAGACAGACAUAGAUAUUAACAUAAGAUACAGACAGAGGCUUUCCCAGAAACAGACAGCUAUAUAGAUAGUAGAUACACAGACGGAGGCAUAAACAGAAAGAGAGGGUGAAGACAACUAAGGAAAAAUCAAAGUUAGACGUGGUGAUGAUGUGUGAAUCGCUAGUUAACCGCAGUCAACACUUCAGUCCAUAUCGUGUGUUUUGUGUGAAAUUACGCUUGGCCAUUUUUAUUAUUCUUGUUAUGAAGCCACGAUUGCAACAGCUUCGCAGCACUACUAAUCCAGACCUUGUGUUUAAAACAGACUAUGUCAACAGACUACUUUUAGUAAAAGUUUUCAAUAUUUCGUCACGACACAGAUUAACUCCGUCCACUUUGCGACGUCAUAACCUGCAGCCCCCUGCCCCGCCUCCUCCCCUUCUGUGACGCCACGGUCGCGGGAUGCAGCCGGAGGGUCGAGGAGCGGCGGCCGACUCGCCUGCCUUCCCGCCACACCUCGGAUCUCUCUGGACUCGCGUCGGCGGAGCAGCAGCAGCAGCAGGAGGCAGCCCGGCGCUCUCCCUUCCCGAGAUGAUGGCUGUGCGGGGCCUGAUGGGCGGGAUGGGCGGGAUGGGCGGCCUGGUGGGCGGCCUGGGCACGGCGAACCCGUCCCUCGGCCUCCUUCCAGGCUUCCCUCCUCCGUUCCAGCUGACGGCAGGGUUAGUGCCCGACUUCCCGGCGAAGUUCGGGAGUUCGCCGUCCUUCCCGAGCAGUCGGCUGGGCUCUCUCCUCUCCCCUGCUCUCGCGACGCCGCCUGCCUCCCUUGCCCCCCUGCCGCCAACCCCUGCCACGCCAGAACCAGCGAUGCAAGGAACUGGAAACCAGAGCAAGGAAAACCCUGCAAGUGUCCGGCCCCUCAAGUGCAUCAACUGUGAGUACGUGACCACGGACAUGACGACCCUCCUCGACCACCUGGACUCCCACUACUCCGUCAAGACCUUCCUCUGUGUCCACUGCACCCGGGCCUUCCCUGGCCCCAGGGAGCUCCACGCCCACAACCAGCCUGGCCAAUGCCCCUACAGGGAGGCAUAAUCAGUCAGGUGUGAUUGUCACGGUGGGCCCCCCAACCACGGAUGGGGUUCUACUCAAACAGCCACGGCUAAUAACGAGAGGGGAAAACGUGCUGCGGCACCCCACGAUAGAACGCACCGGGCUGAUGGCAUGUUUAUUGUCAGGCAACUGCGUGGGCGCGGCAUAUCUGCAGCAGGUACGGACACCAUCCUAGACUCUUGAAGGAGUCGACAAAGUAGUCAUAAUUCUUUCGGCAAACAUUGAACUUCGUGAAUUUCUUAUAAAAUGGGAUUUUUGCCAA